AUGGCGAAGCUGGACGAGGAGUCAGAGGAGUUGCACCAGAAGUUACUGGAGAAGGACAUCAUCGACCUGCUGACCUUUGCGCGGAAGUUCAAGAAGCUCCGCGCGUCUUACCACAAGCAGGCACUGCUCCAUCUCGCCGGCCAGACAUCACUCCGCUGA